AUGGACAAGAUGGUGAGCAAGAUCAAGAGUUUGGAGAAGAAAGUUUCUGGUUCUUCAAGCAAGAAGAAGAAGUCCAAGCUCCCACUUUCCCUAGGAGUAUCUCUCCUCACCACUCCAAGAAGGCUCCCUGCCCAAGAGCCUCACAGAGCCUCUUCUUUCGAGCCAAGGGAAGGAGAAGACAACACGCAGAGAAGGAGGAAGAGUUCCAAGGCCAGACGCUCCAGCUCGACCACCGGACUCGAUCGAGCAGAGGAAACUCAACUCGAUCGAGCUGAGGGUCGAGUUGACCUGGAGGAGCCCCUGUUUGAGGAUCCUGGGUUCGACUCCACCAAGGCCAAGGAAGCCACACACUUUCAAGAUGAAGAAGAGGAGGAAGAGGAGCCACAAGCUCGAUCGAGUGAGCCGAACCCAGUUGCAUGGAGUGCUCCUGAUGGCCGUCUACCAUCUCCAGACCACGACCUAGUCUCCCAGUUCUUUGGGGGCACUGAGGCUAAGUUUGGGGGUGCCAACUCGAGCUCGAUCGAGUUGGGUGUAAAAACCAGAAAAGUGGUCUUUUGGAGCAUUCUGGAGCAUAUGGGACAUGAGGAGCAUGGAGGGACUUGGCACAUGGAAGCAGCUCAACUGGAUACGCAAAGGAAGAAGGGAGAAGCCAUCUUGAAGACCAGCUCGACCGUCUACUCGACCAACCGGUCGAAACUCGACCGGCCAAGCUUCAACUCGAUCGAGCUGAGAAGUCAACAGUCAAACCCGAAAAUUGUUGCUUCCCCCUUGACUUUCCUUUGA